AAGAAUUUGUUUAAAUUGUAGCGGACAAUUAGAUCCUACCAAGUGCUAGAUGAUUGAUAGAGCAGGAAUUAAAAGACUUUUGAUCUCUUCAUAUUUCUCAAAAUUAUUUGUCAUCUCGAAUACGUCGGGUGCAAUUAUACUUUCAUCCGAGGAAGGAAGAAGGGGAAAAGCGGUGACAAUUAAUACUUAUUAAACGUGUACUUUUAAAAAGGCCACACGGUUGUGUUAAUAACAAAAAAUAUUGACUGGGAAGAAUACAGAAGAAUAAAAGGAAAUUUUUUAUAUUCUAAAUUUUUAGAAUAUGUCCAGUUGUGAUGAAAUGAGCCCACAGGAUCUGUCUUCAAGAGGGGACCCUUGUGAUUAUGGCGAUCCCUCAAAGCUCGGUGGCAGCGGAGGAGAUCAUGUCAAGAGGCCCAUGAACGCUUUUAUGGUUUGGUCCCGAGGACAACGAAGAAAGAUGGCACAGGAUAAUCCUAAAAUGCAUAAUUCGGAAAUCAGUAAACGACUCGGUGCCGAGUGGAAAUUGCUCUCGGAAGAGGAUAAACGACCAUUUAUCGAUGAAGCCAAGAGACUUCGUGCUCUUCAUAUGAAAGAACAUCCGGAUUAUAAAUAUCGUCCCAGAAGGAAGCCCAAGUCUUUGCUCAAAAAGGACAAAUAUCCGUUCCCUAUGGCCAUGCCAAUGAUUCCUGGAAUUAGUCCUCUGAAUGGCUUACCCCCGGGAUUCGGUUCCAUGGCUUCUGCAUCAGAAGGUAUGUCUCUGGAGAAAAUGAGGGCAUAUUUGCCCCCUACAUCUUCUCACACUCCAUUUAGUCAUAUGGAGGGAAGUGGUAAAUUAGACAAUAGCGUUAGUUCCCUCAGUGCCCAGGAUAGACUUUAUUCCCCAUACUUAUCUGCGUUAAAUGCCCACUCUUCGUCAGCAGCCGCCGCCCUGAGCGGCAUGCCUCCAGCCGCCCAUUCUCAUCCUGGGCAGUAUCUUCUACCGUAUUGCCCACCAAGCUAUAUGCCCUCGCAAAGUGACAUUUCUCGUCCAGUGGCGUAUGUGUUUGUAAAACCUGAAGAUCAUUACAAUCGACAUCCUGCCAUGAUCUGAUGUUUCCAACCUACUGUGAUGUCUUUUUAUGCGUGUUCAUCGUAUGUGCUAGUGGGAAAAAAAAGUGGACAUAAUUCUUAACAUGAUCUCUGUACCGUUCCAAACGGACUCUUUUGUAAGAAAGAAGUGCUAGACUUUAGAACUUAAAAAAAAAGACAUGGUUCUGGUAGGAAUCAGUUAUGUAAUAUUGGUGCUUGAUUACAAAGUAACAAGUUGAUUUUCUUUUUUAUAUAAAAUAUUACGUGGUGUAUGUACUUUUCAAUUAUAUAGCUUUAUUUUACCAAUAGGUUGUUUUUACAUUGACUGUUACAGUGGCAUUUAUAUUGCUGUGUUUUAUAUGUAUGAUCGAGCUUUUUGUGGAUAUAUACAUGUAUAUGAUUGUUAAAGGUUUAAUACAGAUGAAAAAUUGAUAAAGAUAUUUGAGACAUUUUAAAAAUCUAAUCUUUAAAAUAUUUUAAUAUUGUUUUAUUUAAAUGUUUACGUCUAGAAAACAACAAAAAGGAAGACUAUUUUCACUCAAAUAAUAUCUGCGUUUGGAAUAAGAAGAAAAGAAAAACAUUUCUCAACAUGUGAAAUAUAUUGCUGUUUAAUUUAUGUUUUUAAAUUUUAUUUCAACAAAAAAAAAUCGCUUUGUUUCGUUCUUUCGAUACAAAAUGUAAGUACUAAGUAAGGGGGUAUCCUAUAAUGUUGUUUUCAUUUUGCAUUCAACUUAUUUUGAUCAUAAUUUUAUUACGUUUCCAUACAUUUAUAUUGCAAU